ACAUAAAAGAAAUGGCUGUCACUUUCUCUCUCCUGCCCCGUUCCCAACUUUCACACUUCUAGCCUGCCCGGCCGGCCCGUUGUUGAAAAACUCUCUUUCACAUGCACUCUUCUCCACCACCUACACCCCCUUUGGACUCCCUUUCACAAUUGGCUUUCUCUUUCUUUUUUUACUCAUUUAUCCUUUUGUUGUGAUUCCAAACACUGAUAUUGUUCUUUUAGUUCAGUUGAUUGUGAAUUUUUGAUCAUGAUCAUGAUCAUGAUCAUGCUUUCCGAAGUCUUCAAUUAUUGGAAGUGAGGUUGCUUGAAGUGGCUUUUUUUUUAUUUUUUUUUUUUAUCCCAAAGUCUGAAACUUGUGGGGGCUUUUGAGCAUGAAAAGUUAUUUUUAAGAGGUUGUGGAAGAUGGGGUUUAGGAAUAAUGCAAUUCAGGCAGGGAGUUUGGAUGUGGGAAAGUCAAAGAUAAGGAUGCAAAAGGAUGGUGCUGAAAAGGAAAUUGGGUGCUGUGUUAAAUUCUGUUUCAUUGGGAGCUGUAUACCUUCAAGAUCAAAGGUUGAUAACUCCAUAAGUGGUACUAGUGCUCACAGUGUGGACAAAGCAUCUUCAUAUGAGAAAAGCAAGAAGAAAACAAAUGUUCCUCCGGGGUCCUCUACAACAACCAGUAAUGCAGAAAGUGUCCCUUCUACUCCAAAAUUCAGCGAGGAGUUGAAGGUUUCUUCUCGUUUGAGAAAAUUUACAUUCAAUGAGCUUAAGUUGGCUACUAGGAAUUUCAGACCAGAGAGUCUUCUUGGUGAGGGAGGGUUUGGUUGUGUUUUCAAGGGUUGGAUUGAGGAAAAUGGAACUGCACCUGUGAAACCUGGUACUGGCCUUACUGUUGCAGUCAAGACCCUCAACCAUGAUGGACUUCAGGGUCACAAAGAGUGGCUUGCCGAGUUAGACAUUCUUGGUGACCUUGUUCAUACAAAUCUGGUUAAAUUGAUUGGUUACUGUAUUGAAGAUGACCAAAGAUUAUUGGUUUAUGAAUGUAUGCCACGUGGAAGUUUGGAGAACCACCUCUUCAGAAAAGGGUCGUUGCCUCUUCCUUGGUCUAUCAGAAUGAAAAUUGCACUUGGUGCUGCAAAAGGUCUAUCUUUUCUCCAUGAAGAAGCUCAGAGGCCUGUAAUCUAUCGUGAUUUUAAGACAUCUAAUAUUCUGUUAGAUGCGGAAUACAACGCAAAGCUCUCUGAUUUUGGACUCGCCAAAGAUGGUCCUGAAGGGGAAAAGACACACAUAUCAACAAGAGUCAUGGGAACUUAUGGUUAUGCAGCUCCUGAGUAUGUGAUGACCGGACAUUUGACAUCAAAAAGUGAUGUCUAUAGUUUUGGAGUAGUGCUACUUGAAAUGCUCACUGGCCGGCGAUCUAUCGAUAAGAAUAGACCAAAUGGGGAACACAAUCUUGUGGAAUGGGCAAGGCCUGUACUCGGGGACCGGAGGAUGUUACUACGGAUAAUUGAUCCUCGCCUCGAAGGUCACUUCUCUGUUAAAGGAUCACAGAAGGCUGCCCAAGUGGCUGCUCAAUGCCUCAGCCGUGACCCGAAAUCCAGACCUAUGAUGAGUGAAGUUGUUCAAGCUUUGAAGCCUUUGCAAAACCUCAAGGAUAUGGCUAUCUCAUCAUAUCACUUCCAGGUUGCACGAGUAGAUCGAACCAUGUCCAUGCCAAAAAAUGGUAUUCAAACACAGUUAACAUCUUUAUCAAGGAAGGGUCAACCUGUAAGGAUCUUGUCUAGUCCAAAAGGUCCUCAUGGUUCUCCAUAUCAUCACAGUAUCAAGUCACCAAAACCUAAAGGAUAAGAAUCAUGGUUCUCUCUUUGAUUUGCUUCUCUAUUCAUUCAGUUCCCUCAACUUAGGAUAUCACCUUAACAGAAACUGUUUGUGUUUUGAAAAAUUCUCUUAAACUUGAAGAAUCAAUAGAGUUUCCUGUCCUUAUCUCAAAUUAGGUGGGAGGGACCAUGAGACAGGUUAUUGGAUUACAAAGUUUAGUGGGGAUCGAGUUGACUCAAGUUUAAGGAAAAACUAGAAUAUACAGCUUUCACAUUUGUUACUGUGAAGUUGAUAUACUUUUUCUACCAUUUCACAGGCUUUCUUCUUCCUUUCAGAAUGUAAUUUUGUAAAGAAAACGGGUGCUGCUGUUAACUCAUGUAAUUCAUAGAUAUUUUUACAUACUCAUUCGUCAAUAUACUUUUCAGUCAGUACUUAUCAAUGUAAUUAAUGUUGUACGAGAAACAUGCUAGAGUUUGGAAUUUGAACGACUUAAAAAGUUCUGGACA